GCGCGCUCGAGCCGAUCGCACGCCAGCGCGUUGUCUCGCCGUGGGAUGCGAGUUUUCGUGUGGAUGGCGCUCGGGAAGUGGUGACGUUUCGCUGCGAGUCGCGUCGCGAGCUGCUGCACGCGGGGGAAACGCGCAGAGACCGAGCGGGUGGCCGUCGGUGGCGCCGAACUGCGCCGGACUUGCGAACGCGGCGCUGCGCUGCGGACUCGUUCGUUGUACGCGCGACUGACGAGAGACUCGCGUUACACAACUCGGCCACAGUGAGUGUCGCAUACGCGGCGGGCAUAUGAAUUAUGUAAGAGCGCGUGACGAGGGGAAACGCAGCAGAAAUCGGACGUGCUCGCCGCGGUCGAAGGGAAACACAGUUGAGUUGUGAAGUUUUAUUCUGCGCCUUCGGUGCCGUUUUCAGGCCACGCCACGCCACGGGCACUUCCUGCUGUGGCCCCCACGUGCACGCCAGCGGCAGGAUGAACGUGGGCACGGCGCACAGCGAGGUGAACCCCAACACACGGGUGAUGAACAGCAGGGGCAUCUGGCUCUCCUACGUGCUGGGGAUCGGCCUGCUGCACAUCAUCCUCCUGAGCAUCCCGUUUGUGAGCGUUCCUGUGGUCUGGACGCUCACCAACCUCAUCCACAACAUGUGCAUGUACAUCUUCCUGCACACAGUGAAGGGAACCCCGUUCGAAACCCCCGACCAGGGCAAAGCACGCCUCCUCACUCACUGGGAGCAGAUGGACUACGGUGUGCAGUUCACUGCCUCGCGCAAAUUCCUCACCAUCACGCCAAUCAUCCUGUACUUCCUCACAAGCUUUUACACAAAAUACGACCGGGUGCACUUUGUCAUCAACACUGUCUCCCUGCUGACGGUGCUCAUCCCAAAGCUCCCCCAGCUGCACGGCGUCCGCAUCUUCGGGAUUAACAAGUACUGAUGUGGUUGAAGCUCAGCUCCUCCCGCUGCCCACCCAUCUCCUGCUCUCCUUCUUUCCACAUCCCAGCUCAGCUUGGACCGCGACUUCCGGUCGUCCCGCGUUGCGUGUGGCUCGGGGAGCCGGUGGAGAAUGGACUGUUCGCACCUCGGCGUCAGACCCUUUUCUGAAAGCCGCAGGGAGUCCUGAGUGCUGCGCCCAUGUGUCACGUUGAGGUUUACUAGCCGGCUCCUGGCAGCGGGUGCGAAACCCUUGCCUGUGGCGAAGACCACCAUCUGGGUCAUGUGUGGUCUGAGGUUCGAGAGCAUUGUAGGCCGCCGUUCCGAGGGUGAUGUAGAGUUAGGUGACAAUCAGGGCAGAAGGUCUUCCUGUGGUGAUGGUCCUGCCAUGUAGCACCAUCUGACCCCUGUUGACCCCUCCCAGUUCUGUGGUUGUUUCCUGUAAGGGUAAUGUGUGUGCGUGUGUGUGUGUGCGUGCAUGUGCGCACGUGCAUGCUCACACAUGGUGUGCCUGUUAAUGAGAAGUAACCUCAGUGUACGAAACAGGGUGGUACGAAUUUUUGCUAUUUUACUCAUCCUCAGCAGUGUUAAUGUGUCGGUACUAAGGGCACCUCAGGCGGUGCUUCUUCUUCUGGCCUCGGGUCUCGAGUCACUUCACCUGCAAGUCCAAAUGUGAAGCUCCUUAUUGUCUGUCCCCCCCACACAGCUUUAUACACUUCAUAACAGUGCAUUCUUAAGAAUGGUUCUGUUUCCCUACUGUCCUUAAUGUUAACCCCUUUUUCUGUUCUGUCAUUGUAUUCAUAUAUAUAUGUGGUAAAAAUAUUUCAAUGGAAACUAAAGUUUCAGAGAAAAGACAGGCCUCUAUAUAGGAUGACUUUCAUAUAUUACUGAAAUAACAAUGAAAGAACUACGAUGUAAGAAUUUUACAGUUAUUUCACUCUGCUGCAACUUUACUCCAACUAUAUCAUCCUCUCCGUUCUGAAUGUAGGUAUCAAUUUCUUCAACAGUCUUCAAUAUUUCUUGGUUCAUAUUUUCUUAGAAGCAAGAAAAAAAAUUAAAUUGAAAUUAAUUUGUCAGCUUCAGUAGAUGCACAGCUAUACAAAAAACACAUUUCAGGACUCGGCAUCCUGCGGGAUACCAGUAUUUAUAAGAAAAUUGUCAUCGUAUAAAGCAAAAAAUGCAUUAAUUCCAAUGGAUAUAAUUCUCAGAAUGUAAAAGAAAAUUAACCAGAUUUUUUUUCUUUUUUUUUAAUGCGGAAAAACUUGCGUUACUUUCAACUGAAAACUGAGCUGAAAGUGUUGCAGAAAGACCAUUGCUGUAUCGCAGCGCAGGCCGACACGUCUUAAUAUUCAGUAUAUUUUUCUGAUGAAUUUUAUAAACAUGUUAAAGGCUCUGCCCUAUAAAGAGGAUGCCGGGUGGUGAUGGGGCUAACUGUACUCUUCAAGUCCUGCAGUGGUUGUAGGAGCUCCGACUGUGGUUUACAAGGGUGCAGAGGUGUGACUUGUGAACGUUUUAUGAGAGUGGAUUUAGCCCCUAGGGCUCUGUGGGGUCUCUGUGACAGAUGCACAUGUAAGUACAGGCAUUGAAACAUACGGUAUAAAUAUGGAAGGUUCUGGAAUGACAAGCGUGCGAGAGGAAGUGGCCCCUCACUUGUGCUCUGUAGGACACUGGUUUGGGGGCAGAGUGUUAUGUAAUAUGCAAAUGAACAGUUAGUGGCAGUGUAAUCGAUAGCCCUGCGCUGCUGAUGAAUAUUCAUGAGUGAGACUGCAUUGGGCCCUUUUGGAGUGCAAACCUGAGUGAGGAUUCUGCACCCAAGCGACCUUCUUACUCUCAAGGGUCUAGGUUCACAGCGUUGUUCACGGGGAGAAACGUCGUGUUUGUCGGAGCCGGGGCUCCUUCCUCGUUUACCGUGGUUUCCACUACGGUGUAGUCAUCCUUCACCUCCGUUAUUUAGUCUCCACUUCUGCGUGUUUGCAAUGUGCAUAAUUAAUACAUUAACUGGCUUUUGUUUCCAUUUGAAAGUAAAGGUAUUUGUUUGUGUUUUGCUGUACCUGUGUUCCUCCAACAGCGUAGUGUUUCUGUACUCAGGCGGUACUCUUCAGUGUACUCUUCAUGUCUGUACUGUUUUUACAGGGUAACUUGUGGCAGCACUGAAAUGCUGUUGGUACCACAACGGAAAAAGCUUUUCUCUGGGGAGCAGGUGGUAUAGUGCUUGAAGUUACUGUCUCUGGCCUCUGAGGUUGCAGGUUCAAAUCCCAACUCCUGUUGUUAUACCCUUGAGCAAAGUGCUUACCAUGAAUUGCUCCGUUUGUAAAAAUAGGUGAGUCAGUGCAAGUUGCUUUGGAGAAAAGGGUCACAUAUUAACUGAAGCAGCUUCUCUGUGGCAUGAGGAAGGUGUAGAGGUCAGAGGUGCACAAGGGCUUGUACCCAAACUAUUUUCUGUGUUGGAAACUUGUCAAAUGAGCUUUUUCUUCCUUCGAGUGUGCAGGGGCAGUCUGUUGCAAUGUAGAUUUUACAGGAUGAAUGCUAACAAAGAGGGCUAUUUGGUCUUUAAAUAUUUAUCCUUUUAACUUUGAUUUCUACAUUUAUAAGUUAACAGUAGUGCAAUAGUCAUUAAUGUUUGUGGCUGACAAAUGUUACAUGUGUUUUUCUUCUAUGGAUUUAAUAUAUAGUGUUGUGUUUAAUGUCAGUAAAUAAACAAUUUAAGGAAAUAAUUUUGUGGACAGAAAUUGUGGUAUUUCAUGUCCUUACAGCCAACCUGGAUGAAAUGUUACUAGUUUUUUUUUUUUUCCAGCACAAGAUUACAAGUUUAACCAUUGAAACUGCAAAUGGAACCGACUGAGAAGCUUUACAAAAUGUGCUGGAAUCUCUCACUUUUUACUAUCGGGAACAUUUUUGAGACAUGAGAGGCUGCAGCUUGUUAAACAUUAAAUGGAUGAAAGUGCAAUUGGAGAUGGAAUCAAGUUCCAAGGAUUGGAUGGCAGAGGGGUGAAUGUCACUGUGUGACGUUGCGGGAUGGUCAUCGGACCGCUCUCGGUAUUUCAGUCACCCUACUGACUGUUACUGUGCUGGUCAUGAGUAACUAGUGAAGUCAGAUUUUCUGUUUGAAUUAUUUAGCCUCCCAGUUGUCCUUCCUGUUAUAAUAAAUUUGCAUAGAUACAUACAAUAAUGCUCUUAGUAAUUUUGUCCCUGCUGUACAUUUUAUUCGUUUAGCAGAUGCUUCUCUCCAACGUGACGUACGUCUGAGAAUGAUACAAAAAGUACAUUACCUCAAUAGAAAAGAAAAUGCAUCAUUGUAGAAAAUGCGCUGUUGUAGAUGAAUGUAUUGGAAAUGCACUGGAUCCUUGUGUGAAACAUUCAAGAAACAAGUCUUCAAACAGAAAAAUUUGCAGGUUCAUUUUAAUUGCAUUUCCUUUGCCAUACUAUUUUGUAAUAUUUCUGUUGCAGAGGGAAUCAGAGCUGCAUUUCUUCUUGUCACCAUUAGUUGGCAGCAAAAUGCACUUGGAUAGAAUCGGGAGAAGAGUAAUAGGAGCGUGAUUGCCUUCAUUCAACUCACUUCCACAGUGUUUACAGCUCGUGUAAAAACAAAUGUUUAUAUACUUUUCUCCUUUCAAAAAGCAGGCGGUUAAGAGGACAUUGAGGUGUUCUUGGAUAAGGCUUGAGGUUUCCACACACGUGAAAUAUUCCUGUGCAAUUUGAAAUUCGGUGGAUGUUUGUCAGGCUGUAGAAAGUGAUAUUUUUGUUUCACAUGCUGCUCUGUUAUGCCUGUUGGGUAUUCACACUACUAGUGUUACUUUUCCAAAGCACUCUGUUUUGUGAUUUCCCCCCUCCCCAAUAAUAAAUUGGACCAACAAAUUUAACAUCGCUGUCAGUAGAAAUCCUCAUGUUUUAAAAUGAAUGU